AGUUACAAAUAGAAGUAGCUUAAACUUUACACAUACAUCACCAGGCCGUGAGUUACUGGUAAAGAUAAAUACGUUAGCUCAGUUAUUAUUCACUCCACAACCAUGGACCUACACGCAUUAUUCGCUGGUGUUAUAUUCGCCGUUUUUGGAUUAACUUUAAGCCUCAAAGACAUUGACCAGGCCGGGUUCGAGCAGAAGGUGACCAGUUAUAUUAAAGCUGGCAUGGAUUGUCGUAAUAACCCAGGUCUAAGUUUGUCUGUUGUAAAGGAUGGGAAAAUAUUGUUGGCUAAAGGGUUCGGACACAAGACGCUAGACAGACUUGAACCAGUUACCAACGAGACGAUAUUCGGUAUAGCUUCUUUAUCGAAGGCUUUUGCAGCAACGCUGAUACUGAAGCAAAUCGAGGAAAAUGAUUCUUUAUCUCUGUCCACUCAAGUUAGAGACAUUCUAGGAAGGGAUGAUAUAUUCAAGGACUAUCUGAGAUCGCGGUAUACAACGUUGGAGGAUCUACUUGCACACCGUCUGGGGAUCCCUAGUAACAACAACAUACGCCUAGAUGACACUCUCACUCGCAAAACGUUCGUGGACCGUUUGAAAUUUCUUUCUCCUAAAGGAGGAUUUCGAACAUCAUUCUACUACAGUAACCUUAUGUACGGGUUAGUCACGUACAUUUCUGAACUAAUUGGAGGAAAAUCAUGGGAGAAUCUCGUGAAAGAGAAAAUAUUUGACCCAUUGGAUAUGACCUCAUCAACGUUUGUGACGACAGCAGACCUCAAAAACCUAGAAAAUUUCGCAGUUGGCUACCAAGACCGAUAUGGGACAUUGGUACCUGUUCCUGCUGAGUUUAGUCGACGAUGGGGGUUGCUGUGUGGUUCUGGCUGUGUACUGAGUAACGCCCUGGACAUGGCUAACUGGAUGAUCUUCCAUUUGAACAAUGGUUUGAACAGCAAGAAUGUACGUGUACUCGACCCCGAUAUUCUCGAUGAUGCGCACAAAGCACAAAACAGCAUUUCAUAUGCUAGUAUCGGGAAAUACUACACUCGACCUUUGACCCCAGUUACUCUUAGUCAUAGCAACUAUGGUCUUGGAUGGAAGUUGGGUCACUAUCGAGGUUUUCCUAUCAUAACACAUACUGGAUCUACAUACGGAUAUCGUGCCAUGGUGACACUUAUUCCGGGCAUAAAUGCAGGAUUCUUCACUACACUAACAGGGGAUGAUCCAAGCUACUUCUUCCGCACAAACGGUCAUCUUUAUAUGGCUGACCUAUUACUUGGUCAUGAACCAUGGCUCGACAAUGUAACCGUCUGUUCAUUUCCGGAACCCUGGAAGAAGAAAUCAGAUAAGCCUGAUGCCAAACCAAGAACCGAUAUUGCUGCAGAUAAACCGUUGUCUAAAUAUGAGGGACUAUUUUCCAACAACGCAUAUGGUAUUAUUGAAAUAUACCUAAAUGAUAGUUCUGGCUUUCUGAUGGCUAAGGUUGGGUUCGGUCAGUUUGUUUUAUACCCGAAAUCCACAGCAGACACAUUCUAUGCGCAAGGAUUUGACCUGCUACAAAAUGUACGCGACUUUUCUACGUUUCAGUUCUCAUUUAAAAAUGAAGAAGUCGAUAUUUUGAAAAUUCCUAGUUUUGAGUCCAAAGAUCCACCAGUGUUUAACCGAAUCCAAAGAAAAGCAUCCGACGGAACCGAGCGGCCUAAAAGAAGCAAUGUUGCCUGUGGUAAAUACCGCAUGAACAUAUUCUGGUAUUCUAUGAUUAUACUAAUUAUAGUAAUAUUCUAAUGAAGAAAUGAAAGGUUUGAACAUCUAUGUCUGCAGAGAUAGAGCAAUGAAAGUCUAAAAAGACCUAUAAUUAUUAUUCCUCGAGUGUAUGACGGGAUGCCAUGCUAUUUUUUCAAGCAUUUGGAGUGAUUCAAAACUACAAAGAACUCGUCUAGAAAACACGGUAGAAUCUCUUUAUGCAGAUAUUAUAUAUCAUAUAUGAUAAAUUUUGGAUAUAGUUAUGUCUUGGACUGUCGUUAUGAUACAUAUACCUGUAUCGGAGUAGUUACGGUCGUGUAUCAGGAGGAUACCGGUAUAUUUCUGACAAUACUAGUUGUAGUACUGUAAAUCGAAGAAAAAGUAAAUCGUCUCCCUGAAUCA